GACACAGGGCCUCUUCCCCUCUGUCUUUUCCCUCCUUUCAUCCUCUCUCUAUAGUCCCCUUCUCUUCCCCUCUGAUCCUUUUCCCACAUGCUCAUGAGCUGGUCUCCAGAGGAGUGCAGGGGCCAGGGAGAGCCUCGGGGUGACAGACACUCCCUCUGCGCCAGGCUGGUGGAGAAGCCUGACAGAGAGUCUAAGGAGCACCUUGAGCCUGGCCUGGGACCUAUCACCACCCGCACGGCUUCAGGACCUGUCCUUGCCUUCUGGCAGGCAGUACUGGCUGGGGAUGUAGGCUCUGUCUCUCAAAUCCUCGCGGACUCCAGCACUGGCCUGGCUCCAGACUCCAUCUUUGAUACCAGCGACCCAGAGCAAUGGAGAGAUUUCCGCUUCAACAUCCGUGCUCUGAGGCUCUGGUCUCUGACGUAUGAAGAGGAACUGACCACUCCAUUGCAUGUGGCAGCCAGUCGCGGCCACACCGAAGUUCUCCAGUUGCUGCUGAAGCGUCGAGCCAAGCCAGACAGUGCCCCUGGAGGCCGCACCGCUCUGCAUGAGGCCUGUACUGCAGGUCACACGGCCUGUGUCCGCGUGCUGUUGGUGGCUGGAGCAGACCCCAACAUCCCCGACCAGGAUGGAAAACGCCCUCUGCAUCUCUGCCGGGGCCCUGGUAUCCUUGAGUGUGUGGAGUUGCUCCUGAAGUUUGGGGCACACGUGGAUGGUAGGUCUGAGGAUGAAGAAGAGACUCCUUUGCAUAUAGCUGCCCGGCUUGGCCAUGUGGAACUAGCAGACUUGCUUCUGAGAUGGGGUGCUUGCCCUGAUGCCCGCAAUGCUGAAGGUUGGACCCCACUGCUGGCUGCCUGUGAUGUCCGCUGUCAAUCCCUCUUGGAUGCUGAGGCCACCACCCACCGCUGUUUCCAACUGUGCAGCUUGCUGCUCUCAGUCGGGGCAGAUGCUGAUGCUGCAGACCAUGACAAGCAGCGGCCCCUGCACCUGGCUUGCCGCCGUGGCCACUCGGCCGUCGUGGAGCUGCUACUGUCCUGUGGCGUCAGCGCUAAUGCCAUGGACUAUGGGGGACAUACACCUUUGCACUGUGCUCUGCAAGGUCCAGAUACAGCCCUGGCCCACAGCCCUGAGCGCAUGGUGCGAGCUCUACUCAACCAUGGUGCUGUCCGAGUCUGGCCAGGGGCACUCCCCAAGGUGCUAGAGUGCUGGUGCACGUCCCCACGGACCAUCGAGGUCCUGAUGAACACCUACUGCGUGGUGAAGCUUCCUGAGGAGGCCAGGGGCUUGGUGCCACCUGAAAUCGUGCAGAAGCACCAUCGAUUCUACUCUUCACUCUUUGCCUUGGUGAGGCAGCCCAGGUCCCUGCAGCAUCUUAGCCGUUGUGCCCUCCGCUGUCACCUGAAGAGCAGUCUGCCCCGCGCGUUGCCACAGCUUCCCCUGCCAUCCAGCCUGCUCCGCUACCUGCAGCUGGAGUUUGAAGAUGUGCUUUACUAGGUGUGUGCUGCCCCUAGAACAAAGCAAGCUCCCCCAAAGGGCACCUCUGCAAGUACACAAGCCAGGUCAUCUUGCCAGCACAAGGUCCAUCUUCAAGUCGGGAACGGGUGCCUUGAUCCACACUUGAGAGAAGCAAACAGAUGAGCAUCCGGCUGACACUGAUGCAGAGAGAGCACCUGUGCAAACCUGCAUGUGCAUUGGAAAUCUCCAGGCUGAAGCCGUAAUAAUGCUGCGGAUGUUGUCUUAGCACUUGGAAAGUAGAGGCAGGAGGGUGGAGAGUGACCAGAUUGUGCUACUUAGUGAGACUGUCUUUAAAAGAAAAUCUACAAGUUGUAUGAUCUGGUAUUGUCUCCAACAAGUCCCCACCUUCCUUGAGGUGACUCCGGCACAAAGGAUCAGGACUGGGCUGCCCCAUGCGCGAGCUGUCUCACGGCUCCCCUCGGUAUCCCCUCACCCUACAUGAGAUGAGGGAGAACUUGUCAGAGUAGGCGGCCUGAGUUGUGCAGGGAGGAGGCAGAGGCAAAGGGAAGUUGGUAGCCGGGGCUGGAAGGGAUGGGAGAGCCCCUGGGGAAAGGGCUCAACAUAUGUGGGCUGGAAAGUAGCUCUCUGAGCACCACGCUUAAGAAAGCCACCGUUUCUACCCAGUGCCUAACCCUGUAGGUCAGGGAGCAUCUCCCAUUGCACGUCUGGUUCUGGCUCCUUCACUCUGCUUCUGUAGUUUUUAUUCUACAUAAGGGUGUUUUACCUGAAUAUGUGCGAAUAUAUGUGUGCGCAUAGCGCACGUCUGGUGCCCCUGGAGACCAGAAGGGGAAGUCAGAUCCUCUAGAACUAGAGUCACAGAUGGUCGUGAGCUGCCAUGUGGGUGCUGGGAACUGAACCUAGGUCCUUAGAAAGAGCAUCCAGUGCGCUUAACUGCUGAGCCAUCCUUCCAGCACCUUUAAUCCAAUUUUUGUUGUUGUUUGUUUGUUUGUUUUGUUUUUUGAGACUGGGUUUCUCUGUAGCUUUGGUGUCUGUCCUGGAACUCACUAUGUAGACCAGGUUGGCCUCGAACUCAGAGAAAUCUGCCUGCCUUUGCCUCCCGAGUACUGGGAUUAAAGGCAUGCACCACCAGCCUGGCAUUAAUCCAAUUCUUUAAAUAUAGCUUUGUGGUAGCAAGAGUGUAAAGCGGUCACUAGAGCCGGGCUCUUCUCUCAACUCUGACACCAGCUUGUUGUGGAAUAA